GAAACCUGCAUAGGAACAUCCAACAAGAAGACAGCGACAUGUCUACUGAUGAUGAGCCACUUUUCCAAUCAGCUACAAAUGAAGACAAUCAAAUAAAUGUAAUAAGGAACAUAAACACGUAUGCCAGAACAAAGACUUUGGCUCAGGGAUUCCUUGACAUGGCUCUGUUCACUGCCAAUGCCUCCCAAAUGAAACAUCUUCUACAGCAAGGCCCUGGCACCCAGUUUUAUUAUUUCCUGUUUGUCUCACUGUGCAUUUCAGUGAGCCUCCAGCUAAUUGUAGCGGCUCUGUUGAUCUACAAAGGGUCAAAAAACAUUGAAUAUGACGAUCCUGAAAGACGACUUAGUGACAGAGUUCACCUGCUGAAUAACAUUGUGACUGGGUUAAUUCUGGUGAUAACAGCAGUCAAUGUGUUUAUUACAGCUUUCUGGUUUUCUCCACACCAGACUACUUCCAACCAGUGCUUUGCAGUUGCAUCCACAAUGGCUGAAACUUAAUGGCAUUAUAUUUGCAUGAUUUUUCGACCACAGGAAAUAAUGCUCAUUCAUAACUGUGUGAUCAUGCUGGCAAGUUAGUAAUCUCUUGUGAAUAUA